GACCGCUUGGGCUCCGUGACGUGGUAGUGAUUGGUCACCAAAGUACAUCUGGAAACUGAAAGUUAGCGCUGACUACGCUGUGAUUAGGUCGCUGGACGCAUGCUCUAUAUACCUACGAGUUUAGGUUUAUGUGGAAUAAGAAGUUUGUUUGGUUGUUUUGACGGGAAUCACAGAGUUCGCUGCUCAUCUGUUUGACCAUCAGGGCUGUGUGACUGACUGACCAGGACUGACCCGGUGGCAACAUGAAGCUCUACAGCCUCAGCAUCCUCCACAAAGGAGCGACUAAAGCCAACCUCCUCAAAGCGGCCUACGACCUGUCCUCCUUUAGCUUCUUUCAGCGCUCCAGUGUUCAGGAGUUCAUGACCUUCACCAGUGCCUUGAUUGUUGAACGAACAUCUCAAGGAAGCCGUGCCUCUGUCAAAGAACAAGAGUACCUGUGCCAUGUGUAUGUGAGAAACGACAACUUGGGUGCCGUGGUUAUCGCAGACACAGAAUACCCACAGAGAGUCUGCUUCACGUUGCUUGACAAGGUAUUAGAGGAAUUCUCCAGGCAAGUGGACAGUAUAGACUGGCCCUCUGGUACUCCCGACACCAUCAACUACAAAGCCCUGGAUAUUCACAUUUCUAAAUAUCAGAACCCCAGAGAAGCAGAUGCAAUGACCAAAGUGCAGGCGGAGCUGGACGAGACAAAAAUCAUUUUGCACAACACCAUGGAAAGUCUGUUGGAAAGAGGAGAGAAACUGGAUGACCUUGUGGCAAAGUCAGAGCACCUGGGAAACCAGUCCAAAGCCUUCUACAAGACUGCACGGAAACAGAACUCAUGCUGUGAAAUCAUGUGAUGCCGCUGCCUCGUCCUCGUGGACACACCUCUCUCUGCCUUUCUGCUUUUCCUACAACUCCCAUCAUGCACCAGCCGCCAGCUCUCAACAGGGACAGAACAGACGCUGUCGUACCCAGGAGGGGCUGCCGGGAUGAGAGCGAGAGAAGCGUGGCCAGUCUGAGUGUGAGCUCUCUGGAUUGUGACUGAUGGGAGCUGAAGGAGUGAUGGGGUCUGGUCAGGGGAUGGAGAGUAACAUUUGAAUUAUUUUUAACCUCUCAAAUGGUGAACAUCUGUGUGGUGUUUCAGUACCAGCUGAAGACAUAAUAGUGUGACGUCGUGUAUUGGUGAUGUGUCGUUGAAACGUCUUCAAACCAUUUAAUGUUAUUCAGAUUGAAUCAAAUCUUAAUAGUUCGAUCUCGACUCUUAAAACUUUUUGAAGAGUAUUAACCACGGUUGUGCUUUUGCUUCGAGGCAACUCUGACAAUCUCACAGUCUUAUCUUGUGUGUUCAUGCAGCGUGUCACUGUUGCUGUUCAACUGUUCAAAUCUGGUCUUCUUGCAGGCGUCACCCUUUGUGCCCACUAGGGGGCCCUGUUUAUUUACUUUAUUGUUCUGUUGACCUUCAUAGUUGAGGUCAGUCAAAGAACUUUGAACCAUGUGAUAUCAGAACCUCGCAGAAUAAUUGGACGUCUUUGCUAUUCUGGGUUUAGUUACAUAAUUUCUUUGCUGUUUUCUGUCUGAUAGCGUUAAACGAAAUCUUCUACAUUCCCACUUUGAAUGAUUGUGUUGUUGAGUGAUGAUGCAAAUGCUUCAUGAGAACUUGGAGAUCAGGAGUAUAAAGAGGUUUUCCAUAGAUGCAGCCUUAUUGCAGUGUUUCUAACAUAUAAACCCCUCUGACCUGUUUAUUCUUAUGUGUACCAUCGCCACGCUUUUCACUCUGACAUCCAGCACACACGACACUUCCGCAGGUUUUAGUGUUUAAAAAAAAAAAGUGCUCUGCAGUCCGGAGCACGUCUGUACCUCUCAGACCUGGGAUCGCUGGACUUUUACCAUCCUUUAUUGUGGCUGGGGUGAAUCUGUUGCACUCUCUGGCCUCCUGUUAGUGUCUUCUCUCAUAAAACGGAUCUAGUGUUUAAAUAAAAGAGCGACAUCAUUACAAAUCCACUCUCAACUUUACGACACUCCACAACUGACUUUGAUUUACUGUGAGCACUGUUAGCUUUUUUAUUUUAGGUCCGAUUGGGUAGAAUUUUCUUUCUUCAGGAACCGCUGACGAGCUUAAGGUGAAGAGAUGCCUUCAGUUGUGUGUUUUAGAUGUUUCUCUGCUUUGUUUUUCUCUCUCUCUCUGCCGUUGGUGUGUAUGAUUUGCUGAUACACGACAUCCAGCUGCAGGUGUCGAGUGCCUGUGUGCGUGACGUGAGGAUGGCGUGCCGGCUCCUCUGACUUUGCUCUUUCUGCUUUUACAGUGUAAACUUUUGUGCAAUAUCUGCAAACUGUUGGUGUGUGUCUCUCUGUAAAGUAGAGAGAAUAAAUGAAAAAAUAUUUCUCAUAAAGGACAGUAACUUGACCUUUGUAUAUGCUAUUCUUAUGACUAACCGACAUGAAGCUUGACCAGGGUUGUUUCUGAGAUGUGUUUAAAUUUGUUCUUUUUUUUUUAAAAGACAAAAAAAAAAAACCUGAUUAAUGUGUUGAAUUUGAUCAUCUGUCAGAUCUGUGAAGUUAUGCUGUACCUGUUUGGUCUCGCUGGCCGGUGUGUUCAACAGUCGACACUAAACGUUUUGAUCCCGACGUGGUUUUCAAACUUUAAAACAAAGACUUAAAAUAAUAAACUGUUCUUUUUUUUCUGUCUGUAUUAACAUUUUGUUUUUUCGAACAUGGACUUGUUCGUACACUGUUUGCAGAACAUGUAAUCUUGCUUAGAUAAACAGAAAAAUGGUU